AUGUACCUAGCCUCCGGCUCCGGCAUCCCCGAAAUAAAAACCAUCCUCUCCGGUUUCUCCAUCCCAUCCCUCCUCUCCCUCCCCGUGCUAAUCGUAAAAUCCCUCGGCGCAAUCUUCGCCGUAUCCUCAUCCCUCUGUCUAGGAAAAGAAGGUCCCUUUGUCCACAUCUCCACCUGCAUCGGCCACCUAACCGGCCGCUUGAUACCCAAAUACGCAUCCAAUGGCCGCAAGAUGCGGGAGCUGCUCAGCGCGGCAUGCUCAGCGGGACUGUCAGUAGCGUUCGGCGCGCCGAUCGGAGGCGUGCUGUUUAGUUACGAGGAGAUUAGUACGUACUUUCCUAGGAAAGUGCUGUGGAGGGCGUUCUUGUGUAGUCUUACUGCGGCGAUGGUGCUUAAGGAACUCAAUCCAACCGGCACGGGCAAAUUAGUGCUUUUUGAAUCGCGGUUUGGGGACGAGUACAACGCUAUUCACUACUUCGUUUUCAUCCUCUUGGGUGUAGCGGGCGGCAUCUUCGGAGGCUUGUUCUGCAAAUUCAAUUUCCUGUGGUCGAAGUGGUUCAGGGCUUUUGGCGUUAUUAAGAGGUAUCCAGUGUUGGAGGUUGCGUUGGUGGUGCUGGCGACGGCGUUGGUUCAGUAUCCUAAUCCGCUGGUAGGUCAGGCUAUCGGUUCAAUCAGUCCGGGCAUCUUCGCCAUGGUGGGUGCUGCUGCGUUCCUGGCUGGUGUAUCUCGGAUGACUAUUUCCCUUGCUGUCAUCAUGUUCGAACUCACAGGCCAGCUCUCAUACACCAUCCCGUCUAUGCUCGCCAUCCUAACCGCGAAAUGGGUCGCCGACGCAAUCUCCUCGGAAGGCGUCUACGACCUCGCUCAAUCCCUACUCUCCCACCCUUUCCUCGACCCAGACACCGCUCUCUCCAUCGUCCGCAGCCACAAAGCCUGCGUCGAGGUCCUGAUCCCUCCUCAGCGCACCAUGGCUGACAUAACCGUUCACGUACCUACAAGCAACAAAGUACCUUUGACUCUGUUGAAAGAGAAGCUGGAUGCGUUGAGAGAAAGGGGUCUCAUGGACGCGGGUCUUGUACUCGUGCAGAAGAAUCAUGGUGGGAUUGAAGUGCUCCAAGGGUAUAUAUCGCAGUCGGAGCUUGAAUUUGGAUUGACGAACCUCGUUCCUGGUGUGCUUGUGUCGACGCAGGAAGACGAUGUUCAGGUCAGGUUGCUAGGCCAGGAGAUCGAUGAGCCGGCGAGUCCCAUGAGCUUGGAGAUGGAUUUGACGCCAUUUGUGGAUCGGACACCAUUGAGCAUCUGCGCGAAAGCGCCUCUGGAAUAUGCUGUCGAGGUGUUCUCCAAGUUGGGUCUGAGAUAUCUUAUGGUGACCAAAGAGGGCACUGGACAACUGGUGGGUGUGAUUAUCAAGAAGAGGCUCGUAGGUUACCUGGAACACCUGAGAGAACAUGGCGAAGGAGAUUAG